GUAGGAGGCAACAACAUAUACUCGCUUAUUUAGUUCCUCCUUGCUCAAGCAAAGCAAAUCGAAACAGAGUCAGUAAUCAGAUCAUCAUCGACCCGGCCAUGGAAGGACAGGAGGGAACUCAACAGCCACACCUAGUGCUCGCUCACAAGCGCUUUCUCUUGAAGCACCCAGACGUCCAGGACAUCGAGAAGGUCCGCCUUAAGGAGGACGUCCUCGCUACCGUCAAGGCCGAUGAUAUGGUUCCGCUGUAUGAAACCCUGGUGGCUGAAGGGUUGCUGGAAAAGGAUCAGGGCCUUUUAGAUUCGAUGCGUGCGAGGAACGAGGAGGAGGCUAAGAAGCUCGAGGAGAAGAUUCUUGAUGCUGAAGAGAACUUGGGUGAAAGUGAAGUUCGAGAAGCACAUUUAGCUAAAUCAUUGUUUUACAUUAAGAUUGGAGACAAGGAAAAAGCAUUGGAGCAAUUAAAGAUAACGGAAACAAAAACUGUUGCAGUUGGACAAAAGAUGGACUUAGUGUUUUAUACACUGCAGCUUGGCUUCUUCUACAUGGAUUUUGAUCUCAUUUCCAAGAGCAUUGAAAAGGCCAAGAACUUGUUUGAAGAGGGAGGUGAUUGGGAAAGGAAGAACCGUUUGAAGGUGUAUGAAGGCUUGUAUUGCAUGUCCACACGAAAUUUUAAGAAGGCAGCAAAUCUUUUUCUGGAUUCAAUUUCAACUUUCACAACUUAUGAGAUUUUUCCUUAUGACACCUUCAUAUUCUACACCGUUCUUACAAGCAUCAUAUCAUUAGAUAGGGUUUCUCUAAAGCAAAAGGUGGUGGAUGCGCCAGAGAUCUUGACGGUGAUUGGGAAAAUCCCAUAUCUGUCUGAGUUCUUGAACUCACUAUAUGAUUGUCGGUACAAAUCAUUUUUCUCAGCAUUUGCUGGCUUGACAGAGCAUAUAAAAUUGGAUCGCUAUUUACACCCGCACUUCCGGUAUUACAUGAGGGAAAUCAGAACUGUUGUUUAUUCUCAGUUUUUGGAAUCCUAUAAGAGUGUUACCAUUGAAGCAAUGGCGAAUGCUUUUGGGGUAACAGUGGAAUUCAUUGAUCUGGAGCUAUCACGAUUUAUUGCAGCGGGGAAGCUUCACUGUAAGAUUGAUAAGGUUGCUGGUGUUCUGGAAACUAACCGCCCUGAUGCAAAGAACGCUCUUUACCAGGCAACCAUCAAACAAGGUGACUUCUUGUUAAAUCGCAUCCAGAAGCUGUCUCGUGUGAUUGAUCUAUGAAGUGAUUGACAUAGAGUUUGAGGACUGAUUCGAGAAGCUUGCAAUUUUGCAACUAAGACAAAAUUGAGCAUUUGAACUUAUUGUAUUCUUUCCUUUUGAUGAAUCUGAUGCCAAUCAAGUUGUACCUUUGUUCUUUGUUCUUUCAAAUUUACAAAGAUUCAAGCAUGGUUAUUUUGACUGCAUUUUUGUUUAGUCGCCAUGGUUUUCUGUGGUGAGUAUUUUAAAUAUUUUAUUCCCAGCAUUUUCUUCCUA